CUCACUCUCUCGGGUACCUUAAAAUCCACAAAUUAAGCAACAAUUCAUUUCAGUCUCUCCGGACCAGAACCACCCAAAAUGCAAUAUCAAACAGAGUCGUGGACUUCUUAUAGCAUCCCAACAAGAGCAACAGGCAUAGGUAGCGACCCAUUUGAGCGAAUUGAGAGAAUGGCAUCAGAGAAUGCAGUGGUGAUUUUCAGCAUCAGCAGUUGCUGUAUGUGCCACGCCAUUAAGAGGCUAUUCUGUGGGAUGGGUGUGAACCCAACUGUUUACGAGCUCGAUGAGGACCCAAGAGGGAAGGACCUCGAGAAGGCUCUCAUGAGGCUUUUGGGUAGCUCCUCUGCUGUCCCUGUGGUUUUCAUUGGAGGGAAACUUGUUGGUGCCAUGGACAAAGUCAUGGCUUCACAUAUUAAUGGCACUCUUGUUCCUCUGCUUAAAGAGGCUGGUGCUCUCUGGCUCUGACAUUCCUCCUGUUUUUCUCUGCAAAUUUUGAAAAAAGAAAAACAGAGAGUUAAUUAAAUUGAAACAGAGGAAGAGGAGUGCUGGUUGUUUUGUUGAAGUGCUUCUCCGUGUUGGGAAUUACCAUUGACACUAAUUAAUCCCUAUAUAUCUGAUGUCUUAGUUUAGUUUGGAACUUCUUCUUUCUUUUUUUCCCUUCUUUUAUGUUUUCGUUUGCUUUUGCUUAGUGUUUGCUUGUCGAGAAGCGUAAUUGCCCCCUCCUCUGUAUAGCAAAGAAAGACAAAACCUAUUCCUAACUGAGAUAAUUGUUCUAUU